AUGGCUUUCAAGUUGGUCGCACUCGUCUCCUGCUGCCUGGCAGCCGCAUCCGCUGGCAUCAUUCCACUGGAGCAUCACGAACAGCAGCAGCCACAACAUGUCCUGUAUCAGGCUCAGCCCCAGCACCAGCCCCAGCAUGUGCUCUACCAGAAGGCACAUGAUAUCCAUGCCCACGGACACGAGGUCUACCCGGAUGAUCCCCAUCCCAAGUACAACUUCGCCUACGAUGUGCAGGAUGCCCUCUCCGGAGACUCCAAGAGCCAGUCAGAGUCCCGCGACGGAGAUGUGGUCCAGGGCGAGUACUCGCUGGACGAUGCCGACGGUUUCCGCCGCACUGUGAAGUACACCGCUGACUCGGUGAACGGAUUCAAUGCCGUCGUCCAUCGCGAGCCACUGGCUCAUGUGCACCACAAGGUGGUGGCUGCUCCAGCUGCUGUUCAAUACCACCAUGCACCGACUGCUGUGAUCAAGACGCCCGUGUCUUAUGCCGCUCCGGCUCCCACUUAUGCGGCACCCACCUAUGCUGCUCCAGCGUACACCUCUCCCGCUUACACCGCCCCCGCCUACGCCUCUCAUCAUGAGCAGCAGCAGCAGCUGCAGCAGGAGCAGGAGCACCAGCACCACUAUGCCACCUACGAGACUCCCGCCCCCGCCCAUGCUGCCCAUGAGGCCCAUGAGUAUUACCAUCACCAGUAG